AUGAAAAAUCAAAAUUAAGAAAAUUUUAAGAAAGUUUAUUUUCAUCCAUAAAAAUAAGCAAUAUUGGAGGAGCAGGAAAAUUAUAAACCUCAAAUAUUAUCGUGUCGAUUGAUUUUUCGAGCAUAAACUUGCUUUAAAAAUUUUGGAUUUGAUAUUACAACUACAGGAAAAGUUUAGAUAAAACUAUUAACCUUAGCUGUUAAUUACGCACGAAAUAAUUUAGAAUUUUAUUAAGGGUGCUAUCUUACUUAAAAUAUUAUUGAAUCUCUAUCAUUUUGUAUUUCAAUAUCUCGCCUUCAUUCCUAAUUUCAAAAUUUAAAUCUGUAUAAUUAUUCAUUUUUUUUAAUUACUCAAAAUUUUUUUUGUUCAUUUGUAGAAAGAUGA